AUGAAGGGUGUGUAUGAGAUCAUGAACCUGGGCAAGGUAUGGCUCACAGUAUGCAUAUCUUUGUGCUAUUGCUAUUGGAUCAGCAAAAUUGUCCCAAAAGGCACCAUAAGACUUAUCUGUGUGCUUCCUGUGAUCGUCCUCUUCUUCUUCCUCCCUCUCAGCAUUUCCUCAGUACAUUUCACAGGAAUCACUGGCUUCUUUGUCUCUUGGCUCGCCAACUUCAAACUCUUGCUCUUCGCUUUUGGCAAAGGCCCUCUCAGCUCCGACGAUCCAUCCAACAUCAUCUCCUUGGGACGUUUCGUGGCUCUCGCUUGCCUUCCCAUCAAGAUGAUUCAACAACGCAAUCCAAUUUCAAAAGAAUCUCACAGAUCCAAAAUUUCACAGAUCCAAUCCGAAUCCACCUCGAAACGAUCCGAUCAAAACGGGAUAAACAAAAAUCCACAUCCCCAGGAAUCCGAUGGAUCCCAGAUUGAAACAUCCCCAAAUUCCAUAUAUUCCAUAAAGGCUAUACUCGUGGCCAUUAUAGUGAAGAUCUAUGAUUAUAGUGAUUUCAUUCACCCAAACUGCAUAUUGGGCCUAUACGCUUUGCACAUAUACUUUCUGCUUGAACUAAGCCUAGCCGUAGCCGCAUCCAUGGCUCCCGUUCUCCGCAUGGAGCUGGAGCCGCAGUUCAACAACCCAUUCCUGUCAUCAUCACUUCAAGACUUCUGGAGUCGGAGAUGGAACCUCAUGGUAACAGGUAUCCUGCGACCCACCAUAUACGAACCUACACUCAACGUCGGCAGGCGUCUCGCCGGACCGAAAUGGGCGCCACUGCCGGCGGUGAUGGGGACGUUUGUAGUGUCGGCGGUGAUGCACGAGCUGAUGAUGUAUUACAUAGGGCGGGUUGGGCCUUCCUUCAGGACGACGUGGUUCUUCCUGCUCCAUGGAUUUUGUUUAAUGGUUGAGAUUGCGCUGAAAAAGGCCGUGAAGGGAAGGUGGCGGUUGCCGAGGGCGGUCUCAGGACCGUUAACCGUAGUGUUCGUUAUGGCCACCAGCUUUUGGUUGUUCUUGCCGGAGUUUAUACGGUGUAAGGUGGACGUAAGGGCAUUUGAAGAGUACGCGGCUUUGGGCGCGUUUGUAAAGAACGCGAAUCACGCGUUAUCGGUUUGACUCUUUGAGCGUCAAGCCUUUGCUGCAUUGUCUUUAACAUUUUUUUUUUGUUUUUUUUUUAAGACUACUAUUUAUAGAAACAUUAACGUGGCAUAAACAUAAGUGCAUUGAUACUCAUUUUGUUCAAGUUUGGAUAUAAGUUUUUAGAGUUUUUUUCAUUAUUUUAAUACCAAAUCUUUAUAUUUUUCUUCAUCUAUAUUAUUGGUUCUUAUAUUU